AUGAUUCGCAACGUAAAGUACGCAGAUUUGGAUGAAUUUUUAUCGGAGAAUAAUAUACCUGAUGGCUUGCCUGGCACCCAUUUGGGACACUCAAGUGGUUUGGGCCACCGAUCAGAUUCGCUGGGGCAUGCAGCUGGACUGGGACUGGGUCUCGGUCAUAUAACGACGAAACGUGAACGUUCCCCAUCGCCAUCGGAUUGUAUAAGUCCGGAAACAUUGAAUCCACCAUCACCGGCCGAGUCAAGUUUCUCCUUUGCGUCAUCGGGGCGAGACUUCGAUCCGCGCACCAGAGCAUUCUCCGAUGAAGAGCUCAAACCACAGCCGAUGAUAAAAAAAUCACGCAAACAGUUUGUGCCCGACGAGCUGAAGGACGACAAAUAUUGGGCACGACGCCGGAAGAAUAACAUUGCCGCCAAGCGAUCCCGUGACGCACGCCGCCAAAAGGAGAAUCAAAUAGCGAUGCGUGCCCGAUACCUGGAAAAGGAAAAUUCGACAUUACAUCAAGAAGUGGAACAGUUGAAGCAGGAAAAUAUGGACUUGCGUGCGCGUCUCUCAAAAUUCCAAGAUGUGUAAUGUUAAGAAGUACCACCCAAUAUACUAAUAUAUAUAUAUAUAUGUAUAUCACCUCCAAAAACCACAACCACCAGUUUACCAGAUGCAACCAACCAACCAACCAACCAACCAAGAAACCAACAAGGCAAUUUAUUUUAUGAAAAUUACGAAAAGCAAAUCCACAGUUAUUCAUGAAGGGGCAAAGGAUUGGAAUAUCGGACGCAUACAUACAUACAUCUCUACAUAAUUGGAAGCAGCAAGAUUCUAACUGAAGCUGAUUGGAAACUUGUACUACAUUAUUUCACACCAACACACACACACAAACACACACGCAGAUACACUUUAUAAACAAAGAAACAUUGAAGAAUUAUUAGCUGAUUAUUUUACUAACCAGUAAGCCGAAAUGGAAGCAGGAAAAAUAAUAAUACAACAAAGAAAUUUAAAUUAAAUAAAAUUUUAAAAAUAAUGCAAUAAAGUAGCAUAUGGACGAAUGCAACAACAACUAACACCGUUAAAAAGCAGGCAAAUCGUUAAAAGGGCAGAAGCGAAAGAAGCAUAUUAAUUAAAUUUCAAAAUAUUUACGAAAAUUAGUAUCAAAUUUAAAUUGAAGAAAGAGUAAAGUAUUAACAAAAACAUCAAUAGUGCAGACACAAAAUGAACCACAACCAAAAAAUCACAAAAAAAAUAUCAGCCGAUAACAAAAGUAACAUGGCGGGAGGAGCAAUGCGGUGGCUGGCGGAGUAGGCGGGGCGGGUGUAACUUACAAUACAUACUUACAUAUGUAUGUAAUAUGUAUACUCAUGCUGUGCUGUGCGGCAGCGAGGUAUUAGUAUGAAUACAACCACACUAAAAACAAAGACACAAGUAAAUAGAAAAUGAAAAUCGAAGUAGUUGGCAAAUUCGGUCAGAACUCGAUGAAAUAUUGAGUUUGCUUAAAAUUA